AUGGCUUGGGAAAUUGCUGACAUCAAAAAAACAGUAAAUAAAAUCCACGUCUUACUUCUAGCAAGCAGUUAUAACAUUGCUAAUAUUGGAAACCUCCCUUCUGAACAAUGGCAGCUGCCACUCGCAGAUAAUGUUUCUUUGGAGUCCUUUGAAGCAUUUUUGAAGGAAGAUAAGAAUAUUGAACUGUUGAGUCAACGGUUGUAUCUUUGCGGUGGUGAAACUGUUCACAAGGCAAUAUUUUCAAUCAUGAAGAAGCUUCUGGCUAAAGAGUUAGCAGUUUUGUAUUCAGGCAGUGGCAAAAAGGGCAAGCUGUCAUUUAAGAAGCUCAAUUGUCACGCUGCAGUCAUACGAUAUUUUUGGUGCAACGUUUGUCACAGAUCUUAUGUUCAUCGUCGCAACUGGGUGUCACAUGUAAAAUUCGAAUGUCAGAAACCUUAUAGAUUUUUUUGUGACAUGUGCGACUACAAAGCCUAUAGAAGACAAAGUCACGUAGUUACUACGUUUGUUACACCUGUCAAAGGGCGUACUCGAAUCGUGGCAAUUUGCAACGACAUCAAAACUUUUCGUUGUCAUUGUGGCAAAUCCUACAAGCAAGUUCACAACUUGACCCGCCACAAAAAAUACGAAUGUGGCCAAAUACCGAAAUUCGUGUGCAACAUUUGUGGUUAUGCAGGAUUCAGGAACAACGUACUGAAGCUUCACUACAUGACCAAGCACAAAGGAUUAUCUUCUCAUUUUGAAUGUAGGAAUUGUGGUAAGCAGUACAGGCAUUAUAAGGGCCUUAGGAGACAUAUCUCGGAGUGUGGCCAGGAGAAGAAGCAGAAAUUCUGGCCAUUCAAGGAACAACGAGAACGAGUAGUUAUGGAUCUGAGAUGUUAUAAAUGUGGCAACACUUUUACAAGAGUUGACAAUUUGAAACGCCACGUCAAGUAUAUUUGUGGCGUGAAGCCACAAUUCAAGUGCAGCUACUGUCCGUAUGCUUCCAAGCACAAGCUAGAAGACCUGGAUUACGCAGACGAUCUAUGCAUCUUUUCCCAUUCACAUUCGGAUAUGUCUCAAAAACUUCUUAGACUCCAAGAGGAAGCUAAUAAUGUCGGUCUUCAAAUCAACGUGGCGAAAACCAAAGAAAUGAGGUCAAAUACUCCCAACAACCAAGAUCUAUACCUCUCCAACCGAGCCAUCGAAAGAGUUGAUGAAUUUCAGUACCUGGGAAGUAUGGUUCACAGCGAUGGGGGCACAGAGAAAGAUACAGAGGAGAGGAAAGGAUUUUGA